AACUGCCAUUGUUAACUUCAUUCAUUUAAUAAAUUUAAAACUUCUUAUCAGAAGAAAAAGUAAAAAAAGUGGAAAAUAGUUUUAUUUAUUUGAUCGGAAAACGUCGCGUAUUUUACGAGUGUUCUAAGUGCGUGUGUCGUUUAAAUAUGUAUAACCGCUGGCAACAUCUGCAAAAUCUUAAAAACAUUUUUCUCAAAUCUGUCGAGUCUGUGCGUCCCCACAAUCUACUAUCGGCACGAAAUAACUACAAUUUAGAACCGCGUUCGGAAGGCAAUCGGGUGUUUAUACAGUUACAGGGUAAACGGGUCGAUAUAACCAAUAAACGUUGUCAUGCAGUGGGUUUUGGUAAAGCCGUGCUGGGUAUGGCGGUGGAAUUGGAAAAGGCUUUGGGAGACGCACUGAAACAGGGCAUACUCAGUAUACCAAAGGGCAGUCAGCAACAGUUCCGAGAUCUCAAAGAAAUGUGCCUCAAAGAGAACACCGUUUUUCGGGUAUUUGAAGGAGCUGAAAAUAAUCAACCCGACACCACAGCCUUGCAGGCAGCAAAAGAAAUUAAGCUUCUGGCAGAAUCGCUAAACGGCAAUGAUAUUCUCUUUGUCUUAAUUUCGGGUGGGGGUUCAGCUUUGCUGCCAUUGCCCAAGGACCCCAUAAAACUAAAUGAAAAAAUGCAGCUUGUGAAAAAUCUCUCCAAUAAAGGAGCCUCUAUACAGGAAAUGAAUCAGGUGCGCAUUGCCUUGUCCGCAAUAAAAGGUGGUCAGCUGGCUGCCGCCGCUAGUCAAGCAUCAGCUGUGAUAUCAUUUGUCAUUAGUGAUAUUGUUGGUGAUCCUGUUGAUCUGAUUGCCAGUGGACCGACAUGGGUUUCGUCGACGGCAGUGGGGACAAGGCAAACGACAGCUGAAGAGAUUCUAAAUAAAUAUGACUUAUGGCAAGAUUUGCCGGAUCAUAUGAAAAUCCUAAUUACCAGUGGCAGUGAUAAGGAAGUGUUGCCUCAGCCGAACAACUCGAUUUAUGUGGUGGGAGAUAAUCGUGUUGCCACAUCGGCUGCUGUGGCCGAGGCCAUGUCAUGUAACUACAAUCCUUUUAUUGCCUCCACAACGAUGCAGGGCGACAUUGAGGGUCUGACAAAAACCUAUUGUGAUUUUCUGCGGGCAAUUUAUGAUUUCCAAGAGGGCCUCAUUGAGGAAUAUGAGCUGAGAAAGAGAUUUCCAUUUGAUUCGAGGAUAUUUCAACAUUUUCUAAAAACCCUGCUGAUGUGUCAGAAAUCAGAGAAGCCUUUGCUGCUAAUUACGGCUGGGGAGCCCACCGUGAAGGUCUCCGGCUGUGGUCUUGGCGGCCGCAAUCAGGAAUUGGCUUUACGUUUAGCCCUGGAAUUCUAUCGUGAGGAACGAUUGCGUAAGGUUUGCUUUUUAAGUGCCGGCACUGAUGGCAUUGAUGGACCUACCAAUGCUGCUGGAGCUUUAGCUUGCUCAGAAGUGGUGCAAGACUUUUUGUACUCGAAAUCAAAAGAGAUUUCUGAUUUGAUUGCAUUUGUGGAGAACAACGAUUCCUACAAUUUUUAUAAGCAACUAAAACAGGGAGAUUAUCAUGUGAUGACAGGCCACACGGGGACAAACGUUAUGGAUUUACAUUUAUUUUUGUUGUUAUGAGUUGAAGAGAAGAAAAAGUGCAAUAAAAUGGUAGAUGGAGUAAAUAACUGAAAUUU